AUGGCUUCUCUUAACAGCUCCCUGCUUCAACAUCCUUUUGCCCUUUCCUCUCUGACUCUGCUACUCUUUCUCAUUUCCCUUCUACCAUCCAUCCUUUCACAAGACCCCAGCUCCUCAAGCCCUACCAUUGCUCAAUGCACCACACGGCUUCUUCCACUGGCCUCGUGUGCAUCGUUUGUGCAAGGCACUUCCCAAUCUCCGGCACAAUCAUGUUGUGACAACCUCAAGCUGCUCUAUAGCCAGCAGCCAGACUGCCUUUGCCUUUUGCUCAAUGACACUACUUUGAGCUCCUUCCCUAUCAACACCACACGUGCUCUUCAGCUGCCCGCUCUCUGCAGCCUUCAAGUUGACAUCUCUGCUUGUUCAGGGGUACAUGUGCCUCCUAGCACACCUAGUUCUCAAGUUUCCUUUGGGACAAACACCAACUCAACUGCUAUUAACUCUACAAUUGCUGCCUCUCCAAUGCCUCAAAAUGCACCAAGACCCAGCAUGAUGGGGUUAGGAUUUGGCAGAACUUCAAGUGCUGGCACCAAAUUGAAGAUGGGCAGUUACCUCAAGGCGGCGGCGCUGGCUAUGGGAGGUUUCCUAGUGACGGGAGUUCUAUUUUCAGUAUGA